CUGGGAGAUAGAGACACAUGACCCGUGAGUGGGCGGGGCCACUGCCUGCAGGGCUGGAAGGACACGUUGGAGAGCAGCACAACCAAGGACAGCAGUGUGCUUUGUGUCUUUUUAACUUGUAGAAGCAACAACAACACAAGACAGGCAACAUGAGCAGAUGUUUGAUCAGCCAGCCGGAGGUGCAGAGCUUCAUCGAGAGGUGCAUGAUGGCGGUGGGCACCAAGCCGCAUCACGCCCGCAGCCUGGCACAGGUUCUGGUGGAGGGGGACCACAGGGGUCACUACAGCCACGGGCUGAACAGGAUGGACAUGUACGUCAAAGACGUUCAGAUGGGGAUUUGUGCCAAAGACGGGGAACCAGUUGUGGAUAAGGAAAGUCCCGCCACUGCUCUCGUGAACGGGAACAACCUCCUGGGCCCUGUGGUGGGAAACUUCUGCAUGGAUCUGGCCGUCAAGAAAGCCAAAGAAGUCGGGAUUGGCUGGGUGGUGGCGCACGGCUCAAACCACUACGGCAUCGCCGGCUAUUAUGCCAUGCAAGCGCUGAAAGAAGACAUGAUCGGCAUGUCUUUCACCAACACGUCCCCCCUGGUGGUCCCCACGCGUGGUAAAGAUUGCACUUUAGGCACCAACCCCAUCAGUGUGGCUGCUCCUUCUAAAAAUGGAGAUAACUUUGUUCUGGACAUGGCCACCUCAGCCGUGGCCCUCGGAAAGGUGGAGCUCAAUGACCGCCGUGGUGACAGUAUCCCCGAGGGCUGGGGGUGUGACCCCCAGGGCAAGCUCACCACUGACCCCAAGAAAGUCCUGAACGGAGGAGGCUUGGUUCCCAUCGGAGGCAGUGAGGCCACAGGAGGGUACAAAGGUUACGGUCUGGGAAUGAUGGUGGAAAUCUUCUGUGGUAUCCUGUCCGGAGCCAAGUACAGCAAACACAUCCGUACCUGGAAAGUGACUGACAAGGUUGCAGACCUGGGUCAGUGUUUCGUGGCAAUCAACCCAGAGAACUUCGCUCCGGAGUUCACUGACCGAAUGGCGGACCUUCUGGCCAUCCAAAGAGGACUGGACCCUGCUGAACCUGGCGCUUCCGUUCUGACCGCAGGAGAUCCAGAGAGGGCCAACAUCUCCAAGUGUGACAAGAUGGGCGGUAUCCCCUACCACAUCAACGUCGUUAACUACAUGAAUGAAUGCGCCAAGAGAAUCAAUGUCAGCCCUCUACUGCCGUGUGACAAAGUCAUCUCCGAGUAGGGAGGCCUUCAUGACCUUCUGAUGGAAGCCUGCCGGAAAACUGCAAUACGUACAGCGACCAAAUUAAACAUUGAAGGAACACACAUGCUUUCUGCUCCUUUCGUUUGUAAGAUCUUUAAAACGGUGCUUUUUAAAGACCAAGCACAUUGCGGUUUUUUUUACCAAUGCAGUAAAAGAAAAAUAUUUGUGAAUGUACAGUGAAAUGUAGUCAUUAGAAGUUUGAAGACAAAAAAUACUUUUAAUUAGAAUUCAGAAAUGGUUUUAUGUAGUUUUUAUAUAUACAAUCCUGCGCGUUGUUGCAAACAAUACUUCAAGUGCCUCAUUGCAAAUAAAGCCCAGUUUCCUAAA